AUCCUAUCCUAAUGAUCCAUCGAUAGAACACCAAGGCGUCAAGUGUGCUAAACCAAGAUUCGACGAAAUCACUGCGUAUCGUUGGCUGACAAAAGUGGGGUUACUUUCAUGUAGGACGCCGGUGUUGUGUUGGUUCGGUUCGCCCUGUGUUAGCCAUUCGCAGAUGUAUCGCUUGAUGCCAUUGAUCCAAUGUGUUCGAUACUGGCGUUGUUGACAGGCACUGUAGGAGCCGCAACAAUGAUGGACAACGACGACCUCUACUCGGGCUAUGACUACAGCUCGGCCAUGGACUUCUCGGCUAUGGACGACGACAUUCACUUUCAGCAAGCAAUUAAAAACUCAAUGACAAGAAGACCGAUGACCCAGAGUCGUCUGCUAACCGGGAUGGGCGGCUCGAGGCCGGCCACGCGCGGCCAGCCGCGCACCGGCCUGCUGCGCAGCGCCGCGCCCAGCACUGCAUCCUUCCGCGGCGGGAUGCCGCCGAUGACGGGCCGCCCGCUCACCGGGAUGACGUCCGGAGACGAGAACCGGCCGAUGACGGCCGUCAAGGGUGUGGGCUACUCGUCUGCCGGCGGUCGCCAGUCGGGCUUCGAGCGUGGCCGGUCCGGCCUGGAGCCGCACUCCUCCCAGACACCGGAGGAGCGGGUGCGUCAGCUGGAGGCGCGUGUCAUGGCACUGGUCGAGGAGUCCUGUCUGGCUAGCUGCCGGAACGAGGAUAAACUGGCGCUGGACCGCGCCAAGGAGGCGUCGGCCAAGGAGCGCACCCUGAUCAGACACCGCGAGCAGGCCGGCCUCAUCGACUCGCACAACCUCGAGCUGACCUUCGUGGUGCUGACGAACCUGGCUCACCAGUACGCCAAAAACGAGCUGUACACCGAGGCGCUCAACACCUACCAGGUCAUCACCAAAAACAAAAACUUCAACAACGCCGGCCGCCUGAAGGUCAACAUGGGCAACAUCUACUACAAGAUGGGCCAGUUCCCCAAGGCGCUGAAGUUCUACCGGAUGGCGCUCGACCAGAUCCCCAGCGGACAGAGCUCCACUAAGAUCAAGAUAAUGCACAACAUCGGCAUUCUGUUCGUGAAGAUGGGCCACUUUCCGGACGCCAUCACCAGCUUCGAGUUCUGCAUGCACGAGAAGCCGUCCUUCCGUAUCGGUCUGCACCUGGUGGUGUGCUACCACGCCAUGGGUGACCGCGCCAAGCAGAAGGAGGCCUUCCAGAAGCUGCUGCAGGUGCCGUUCGACAUGGAGAACGAGGACAAGUACAAGGACCUCGAGGAGGAGGCUGAGAAGGACCCGCAGACCUCGCUCGUGCUGGAGGUCAUCAAAAACGACCCGAUGCGUAAGCUGGAGCGUCGCCUUCGCAACGAGGCGGAGCAGUGCAUCCUGACAGCGGCCAAGCUGAUCUCGUCGGCCGCCGGAGAGGACAGCGCACAGCUGACUGAGGCCUACGACUGGUGUGUGGACACGCUGAAGAACUCACAGCACUCGGAGCUGGCCAACGACCUGGAGAUCAACAAGGCGGUGAUGUACCUGCGGCAGCGCGACUUCCGCGCCGCCAUCGACACGCUCAAAGUGUUCGACAAGGUGGACACCAAGGUGGCCUCGCACGCCUCCACCAACCUGGCCUUCCUCUUCUUCCUGCGGAAGGAGUACGAGGAGGCUGAGAAGUACGCCGAGCGGGCGCGGGACGCCGACGGCUACAACGCCCCGGCUCUGGUCAACCUGGGCAACUGCUGCUUCCAGCGCGGCGACCUGGAGAAGGCCAAAGAGUACUACAUCUGCGCGCUGGACAACGACGCCUCCUGCGUGCAGGCGCUCUACAAUCUCGGUCUCACCAACAAGAACAUGCGUCUGUACGCGGACGCCAAGGACUCGUUUGUGAAGCUGCACACGAUCGUGCGCUCGCACCCUCAGAUAAUCUACCAGAUCGCCAACUGUUCGGAGCUGAUGGGCGACAUCGACCAGGCCACUGAGUGGUAUAUCCAGAUGCUAAGUUUGGUGCCGUCGGACCCGGAUACCCUGUUCCACCUGGGCGGACUGCUGGACAGCGAGGGCGACAAGCAGGCCGCUUACCAGUACUACUUUGACUCGUCCCGGUUCUACCCGGCCAACCUGGAGGUGAUCGACUGGCUGGGCUCCUACUUCAUCGAGCACCAGGUCUCCGAGAAGGCCAUCCUCUACUUUGAGCGCGCCACACUGAUCCAACCGGCAGAGGUGCGCUGGCACCUUAUCAUCGCCUCGUGCUACCGGCGCGCCGGGAACUACCAGCGAGCGCUAGCCAAGUACAAGGAGAUCCACGUCAAGUUCCCGGACAACAUUGAGUGUCUGAAGUUCCUGGUGCGUAUCUGUACCGAUCUCGGCCUGAAGGAGGCCGCCGACUACGCUGUGGAACUGAAACGCGCUGAAAAGUACAAGGAAAUGCGGGACGAGCGGCUGAAAUCUGGGAGGCCUAGCACCUCGUACCGGUCCGGCCUGCACGGCUCUCGGGACAACUCGGCGGCCAGUCGGCGCUCUGACGACCGUCCCGGCUCGAUGGCCCGCCCUCCGGGCACAGCUGGCGAGCGGGCCAGCCUGUCGCCGGCCUCUCCGCAGCCGGCGCCGACCGCCGCCGCCACCCCGACACCGAGCGGCCCGAGAGAGAUCGACACGUGGUACGACGACCCGCUGGGCCCGCUGGAGCAGCGGAUGACCCACUACUCACAGCGGGCGGCUGAGGACGACUGGGACGACGAGCUCGGCGACGACCUGCUGCCCGAGUGAGCAGACCGGCCCGACGUCUGACGGCGGGAGGCGGAAACUGAGACUGGCCGGCCGGCCGCCAGGGUAGGGUCGAGGGCAGGCCGGUGUGGGCCGGAACGGUAGCGCUGCAAGUCAUUUACUGCUGUGAUUAUUUUUUAUAAGUCUCUACAAGUUGUACUAAACCAAUUUUCAUUCGUUGAAUACGUGAAGUAUUAACUUCUUUUUUUCGGUUCAGUUUUAAUGAAAUGUUUAUUUUGUUACGUCAUCUUUUUUACAUUCCGUUGUUUCAUGUAUCGCAUUUUUCAUUGCAUACCAACAUUUGUGAUAUUUUAUAUACCUAUGUUGUCUGAUCCUUGGACGCUAUGUAUAUGUAAGUGUAAAUGCCUGCACUGAGUGUGCCAGCUGAUGUUACUAAGAUGAGUUACUGUCCCUCGUGUGAUGUGUAGAAAUGUACGUACUUAAGCAGACUCCUGACUGCAUUCUGGCCGCCGGGGUCAAGAGAUAUCCUACAGUUUUCACAAACAUCGGAUAAAGUCGACUUAUCCUACCCCGGAUGUAAGAUAAUCCGCGAAGGUACAUGGAAGACAAUAUCAUAUAUGUAAAGUGCACGAAAAUAUUGAUCUGCUAUUGCAUAGUACGAUUAGUACGACUACAUAACACUGCACGGGUGUAUUUAUGUUUUAUGUAGUCACGAUAUGUAACCUUAUGUAACGAUGAAAUGUUAGGUUCACUCUAUGGAUGUAACUUUGCUGCAGUGUUGUUCCUUUUCUGUCGGUCGUCUUCUUGCUCGAUGUCCUCAUUUGACGGCACACUGAUAAAAGCUGUCCAUUUCACCGCUCCGAUGCAUAUGUUUGUUACCUAAUAUAUUUUAUUUCGAUCGCAACGUCCAUGUUUGUGAGUCACGUAAUACAUUUUAUUUCGA